UCUCUCUCUCUCUCUCUCUCUCUCUCUCUCUCUCUCUCUCUGUUCAGUCUGGGUCUUGGUCACCAGAAUCAGCUCAGAUCAGUCCUCGUCACACACUAAAGGACUUAAAGGAAUUAUCUGGACCGUGAACAUUGAUUCGGGUUCUGUGUUGGUCUGAAGGACUGCUCCGGGUCCAUGGCCUGAUCCGUGCCGGCGGCAGAUCAGCUGCAGCCGAAGCCUUCGAGAUGCUCCGAGCUCUCUGCAGCUGCACAAUAACACCGUUACCGAUACCGGCCCGGAGACACAGCUAUGCUUUUCAGACGGAGAGCCAGGAUGUUGCGAUGGCUGGUGUGUGGUCGGUUGGGUCCAGUUUGGAUGUGGAAAGCUCUGCUGCUCUUUGUGGCCAUUGGAUUUGCUGGCCAGUUGCUGGGGGUCAUCUUCAACAAGAGCAGUGUUCAGCCAGCUGCACGCUCCAUCUUCUCCUCCCCUGACGCUCAGGGGCCCUCUCUGGGCUCCUGUCAGCCCCAUACCCACAUCAUGUUUCUCAAGACCCACAAGACGGCCAGCAGCACUGUGCUCAACAUGCUGUACCGAUUUGGCGAGGAGCGUAAUCUCCGCUUUGCCCUGCCACUGGGCUACCAGCUGGGCUACCCACUCCCCUUCAAUGCUCACAGGGUCAAAGGUUACAGAGGUCCCAGGGCUGUGGAGUUCCACAUCAUGGGCAAUCACAUGAGAUUUAAUAAGCAGGAGGUGGAGAAGGUUAUGCCUGCAGACACGUUCUACUUCACUAUCAUCAGGGACCCGGUCGCUUUGGCUGAGUCCUCCUUUGCUUAUUACAAAGAGGUUGCGCCUGCCUUUCGGAAAACCAAAGGUUUGGGUGACUUUGCUGAUGACCCUAACAAAUAUUAUGAUCCUCGUCUCCGCAACAACCAUUACGCCCGCAACCUGCUGUGGUUUGACUUUGGCAUGGACCAUAAUGCUAAUUUCUCUAUUGCACUGGCUGAGCGUGCCGUGGCCAUGAUCCACCGGGCCUUCAAGCUGGUUCUAGUGUCUGAGUAUUUUGACCAGUCCAUGAUCCUGUUGAGACACGCUCUCUGCUGGCCACUGGAUGCUGUAGUCUCCUUCAGCCUCAAUGCUCGGCAGCAGAAGCCCAGUAGCAUUGGGGGACUUAGUGGGAGCUGGGUAGGCAAAGCGGCAGCGGCAGCAGCAGCUGGUGUCGGUGGUAGGGGGGGACGUUCACAAGCAAAGAUGCUGCCCAAUCUGUCACUCACAGAGGAACAGCGGGACAAGCUGCGGCAGUGGAAUUCCUUAGAUUGGUACAUAUAUAAAGCCUUCAACCAGACCUUCUGGGAGGAAAUUGACAAGUUUGGUCGUGCCCAGAUGGAGCAGGAGGUAGCUCUUCUCAGGAUGCGACGGGAAGAUCUGGCCCGAGUAUGUCUCAGGGACGGUGGGAAGCCUGUGGAGGCACACCGGAUCCGAGACAAAAACAUCCGGCCGUUCCAGAGUGGAUUAGUCAAGAUUCUUGGCUAUGAGCUCCAGCCACGGCUGGACAACGCCACCAGGACAGCCUGUCUGAGGAUGAUCAGGCCUGAGAUCCAGUACAAGGAUGUGCUGGACGUUAAACAGUUCCCACGGGCUCCAGCUCCGGCUCCGGCAGCACAACCCCAGCCAGGGCAACAGAACCAGCCCGUGAUGGUGGCAGCUGGUGGCUCUUUUUUAAGACAAGACUUGUCCAGGACAGGAGAGAGGCUGGUGGGGGGAGAGGCUCAUGGGAGGACAGUGGAGGUGAGAGAGAGAGACUGGGAUGGAAGCCGUUUAAUUAGGAGCAACCAGACUUUGAUACAAGGGCAAGAAAAAGGAAGGUUGAGAUAGUCUGCGGUAAGUCAUGUUCCUGUUAAGGUACUUUGCUCUCCUCAGGCGGACUCAUGGCACUUCAAACUGAGCUGAGUGUGGUUUACAUGUGAGAAAACAAAUCGCUCCUCCUUUGCACUUCCACUUUUUGGUGGUGUGCUUGUUUACUUUCAAACUGUCAUUUAGUUAGUGUAACUCUUGGGGACUUGAACCUUGACCUCUGAGCACCCAGGAUGCUUUCAUGGCUACAGUACCAAGAUGAGGACAGGUGUCUUUGUUUUUUUAAAAGAAACUGUUAAAGUCCUUCUGCUGCUGUGAUAGCAGACAGGUGUUGAUAUUAAGACUUUGAUGUUGGUGCACAUGCUUGAUAACAGCUCCAGUUUUUACCUCUCAUGAGCAUCACAUUGCCAUUUCAUUUCAUCUGAUGAGCCAUAUCAAACAUUUCCUCUUGUUUUGAAGAUUUUAGAAAGAAGUGAAUUCUUCUUCAUCCAGAUAGAAUUAAUAUGCACAGAAAAAAACACUAAACAUUUUAUUUUAAUCCCAUUUCCAAAGUUGUGGCUUUCUGUCUUCAAACUAAACAAACACAACAAUGGUAACUGGAAAUGUCACAUUUCCUUCUUACUUUACAAAAAUUUAAAACACUUGUUGUUAGUCAUACUUAUUAAUAUCAAUGUUCCUUUCAGUUCUUUUAUAUAUUCUUACAAAACAAUGCAUUCAUAUUGUAUAUACAGUUUCAACCUGAAUGAGGAAAUAAGAGUUAGGAAAUGGGUAAAAUAAAUCAUUUUUGAGUCUGAUUGCUAGAAGAGACUUUGUGAUGAUUCAAAAUGUUGCUGAACCUUCUGGGUCUCUCAAAGAUUGCUGGAUAGUUUUCAGACAAAGUGCAUGUUUAGAUUUGAUGAGAGGCACAGACUGACUUUAGAGUAUUUGUACAGAGCUGCUUUUCUUUUCCUCAGUCAGUUUAAAAUCAGUAUUGGCUGGUACUUGUUUAUGGACAGAAAUUAUUAGAAUAACUUAAUAUUUAUCACCUGGGAACACUUCAUUCAGCAUCAGUCAGUAUUGAGCCUCAUCUAGAACCACGGACUGGUACAGCUUCUUAAAUAUCUCUUAAUAAUACAGGAGGGGAAAAUGAUCCAAGGCCCUGUGCUCUGCUACUGACGGAAUGUGCCCACAUGUGGUUAUGAACCAGCCUGCUGGAGGCAUGUGGGCACAUUCCGUAAUUCCACUAUCUGCUAAAAUAGAUGGAAUGUAUAUGUCUGACACAGAUGGAGACAUUCCCACUGAGAUCCAUUUCUUCAUCGUGAUCUCACAUAUGAGAGUCAGCAGGUUUGGGGCAUUUCUAUUGGGUGGUGGGGUGUACAAGUCAGACAGGUCAUAGCAGACAAUAAAGACACACUGUUGAGCGUCACUCACAUGCUGUUAGUCCAAAGGAACAGCAGUUUGACAGUUUCAUUUAUCUCUGAGUGAGAAGCUGAAGCUCACCAUCACAAUGCAGCGGUAGGUGUUUAUCUGUUGUGUGUUAAACGUGGAGUGUGUGGUGUCAAUAACAUGCUGCUGUAUGAAGAUCGGAUAGAUAUGAGAAAACAUGGGAGGAACAGGAACACGUGAAGACAUCCACACACAUACAGAAAUGUGCAUGUGUGUGCUUGCUGAUGCUGUCUGACUGGUUUCUGUGGACGCCUGAGAGUGAGAGUUCACAGUGUUGUGCAAAAACACAUUGCCAUGCCACUGAGUGAUUCUUCAUUUUGAUGAAUGUGGGUACUGUAGUUCACUCUGAAACAACUGCAUUCUGAAUCAGUGAGCACACAUUCCUGCUGGAGUGGGAGCCAUUCCAUGUUUGUACUGUUGAUUUGAUCAGAACAAACAGGAAGGAAACGGUGAAUUACUGUCUGAUUAAGCCUGUUUGCUUGUUCUGGACACCUACAGAACUUACACUUCAUUUACAGUUGCUCCAUUUACUCUCAGCCUAUAGUUGUAGUGACACACAGCAGUGCACUCAAACUGGAACACAUCACUAGCCGACCUUGAAACAGAUGUUAUGGUUUAGAGGAGCUUUGUUUAACUCGGCUGCAGAGUUUUCUAGUUCAGCCGGCUCACUGGCAGGCUGGUCAGCAUCUCCAGGUAUGAAGGUCUGGAAACAGUGUGGAUGGUGUCACCUUACAGCAGUCAACCCUGUGGGGGGAUUGGAUGUACUGCAUUAUGUUUGAAUAGCUCUCAUUUGUUUCCCCUGGUGAAAGGGAGAUUGUCAAUCAGCUUUUACUCAUCUAGUUUAUGCACAGAGUGAAAGGAAUGACAAAGAAUGAACUAACUAAAACAUUAAUUUAUCCUCCUUUCUAUCAUUUGGCUUAUUCUUCUGUUCAUUUCAGCAUCAUCUGAAACUCAAAGACACCUGAAAUUAGCUUCAGUUACAUGAUUCAUAAUUACAGUGACAUUUGUACGCAGAACUCUACCACAUUCAUAAUAAAAUGUGAUGUGGGCGAAUGAGCCGGGAAGAUCUCUCAUGUUAAAGAUCAAUGCAAACCAUCAAACAGUCGAAUCAGAAAUGCUGCAGGAUUUUCUCACAUGAAGUGUGUUCAGUGCAACCAAGCCAGUGGUUGCAGGAAGCUCUGUUACAGCAAUACUAUGGAAUGAAAUGGUCUCUUUCAUAUACACUAUUAUAUUGACUUCAAAGGACAGGACCUCUCUUGGUCAGAGUAUUCGUAUUCCUUUGCACUCGCCUGAACUUCCUGUUUGUGAUGUCAGGGUUACAGGUCUGUCAGUCACAGCUCAUUGACACAGAUAUUAGUAUUUAGGAGCCGGUUGUGUCCAUUAAGACAAUGUACAUAAAAAAAUCAUUUUUCUGUGGUGAACAAAGUGGAUGGAGACACUGUUUAAAUUUACCUCAACUGUGGAUACAAGAUGUCUCCUCUCAUGCAGAUCGCUCCAAAUGCUGUUGAGUACAUUUACGCUCAGCAUGGAUGGUUGUUUGUCUCUAUGUGUCAGCCCUGUGAUCAACUGUACACUUGUACAGUACUUGCACACCACCUCCUGCCCAAUGUCAGCUGGGUUUGGCUCCAGCAGCCCUGACUCUGAUAGGUAUAAGCGGUUAUUAAAAAUGAAAAGAUAGAUAUUAAUGCUCCCUAAACAUUUCCUUUUUUUAACAGGAUAAACUCUUCAUGUUUAGCUGCACUGCUUAGCCUCCAAGCUAAGUCAUCAGUAUGUUUGUCUGAGAUAGGGAUUUCAUUGUUAUGAUAUAAACAGGCCGCACAUGCUUGUAUUACAUUAAAUGAACUGUAGGAGAGACACUAAUGCACACAACAGUUCCUGUUCUAGAAAUACAGUAGACUUUGUUUUAUGCCUGAUGGUACAGUCAAAUUAUGGAGAAGGGUUUUAAAACAAUGUCCUCUGUUUGAUAUUAUUUAAUGAGUAUUUGUACAUAUUGUAUGUAUCAUGCUUUGUUCUCUUUGGAGGUUCAUGGCGAUAAAGGGAAGAUUGUGUCUGUCACAGUAUGAUGGUUUCACUAUUGAUGUUUUUGAGAAAACCUUCAAUCUGCAUAUACUCAUCCAUUUGCCCAGUCGGUGUUAAACACUGAUGACAAACAACACUCAGUAAUAACAGCAGAGCCAUUAUUCACUGUUAUCAUGUAUAUCACUCGGGUUACAGUGUGAUUAUAAGGCCAUAUACUGCUAUUGUUUUACAACAAUACAGCAAAUUUUCAUUGAUGAUUAUCCUGAAUACAGCAUGUAGAGUUUAGUUUCACACUGAACAUGAGUUUAUAUACAUGAUAACAUUUGAUUGAUUUAAAUCAUGUCCAUCAUAACCAAUGCAUGAGUAUUCAUGCAUCAAGAGAUCAAGACUAGGUCUACACACAAUAGAAAUACUAAUCACACAGUAAUGACUGUCUGUAUCUUAAGACAGUGAGAUAAUGUUAUCACAUUCAAGAGAAAAAAUGUUUGAUUCCCUCAAAACAAUGAUUAUGCUUACAUCACAAUAUAGAGAUUUAAAAUAUUUAACACACUAAAUUUGAUUUUAUUAUCUUAAUAAAGGGUUAUCAAGACAAGAAUAUGACAAGAUACUGUAACUCCACAGAAAACGCUUAAAGAAUGAUCAGUGUACAGCCACAUGAUGAUCUAGUCUUUGAGGUAACAGAAUUAUGAUACAUGUUCUCUUAAUUAUGAGACACUAUGUCACAAGAUGUAAUUUGUGUGUACAGUGUUUUUUUAUGAGUACACACACUAUGUACACACGUCUACAUACACUCCCACUUACACAAACACUCUGCUGAUAGGUAACAGCAAUUCAUAUGGUACUGUGUUUUUUUUGUUUUAGCUUCUUUAGGCUAGUUCACACAUGAACAUGUAUGUUAUGUAGUGUGUAAGAUGAAAAGGUUCAACCUACGUGAGACCUCUGGCAGUCUUAGAAUGAGGUAAGGCUCUGCAGUGUGAUUCAUCUUUAUCAUGCACAUUUGAACAGCUUCCAUUUCGAUUUUAGUGUUCCCACAACCCUGGACAGGAAGUACUUUAUUGAUCUGAUAUUCUGUCAUGCUUGAAGCGCAGGAGUUCAUUCAGACAACAACAGUGUACCUUGGCUUGGAUCUUACUUGAAAAAACAUAUUUUUGUUUAAAUCUGUUGUAGAUCAUGCUCUUUGUGUGCAUCUAUUGAGUUUUUCUUGUACUGAAUAAAAGCAAAAUGUUCUUUAACUUCA